UUAUUGACUUGUUAGACGGAAUGCAUUAGGCUACUACAGCCCACUCAGUAGAAAGUGGUGGGUGUUUGACCCUUUCUCACUUGUUUGCCCUCUGAAAACUUAAUACAAACUGUGGAUUAGCCUACAUUUACCAGAAUGUAAGCGUGAACACGCUUUUAGCGUUGGGCAUUUUGACACAAUUUGGCCUCAGUUUGUCGUAAUGGUUUAUUGAUGUUCCAUCUUCUGUGCUUCAAUGGCCAAGCUCGUUGACCCUGGUGCGCAAUUCUCCUCGUUUGGUUUCGGGGACGUCGGAAUGCCAAGACCUCAUGAACCGGUGAGUAAAGAGCUUCGGCUAGGUAUCUGCCCGUAUGGAGAGACCUCUCACUUCGCAGCCUUCAAUCUCAGCACCGCGUGUCAAGACGUUGCACAGAAGUCACAGCUUCCCCAAGUCUCUGGAUACGCAGAUGCGCAGGGAAGCCACAGCGUAGGGCAGUUUGGACCACAUGGACACAGACCGAUCGACGGCAGAGGUUUUAAGUUCAAGUAUCGAAAUCCAGAAAUAGUUGAUUUCGCAAAAAGAGAUGCUCAGUUUGCAUUUUCCAAACUCAACACAACGGGGAAUUUGCAAAUGACCCUAUGUAAAUCUGAAAACCCAGGCUAUCCUGUGUUCCCAUCUGUACGCGAGCAGAGCGCAUCCCCAACUGGAUACACGGCGAACCGCAGGACGCAUUUGGGUACACAAGGAGAAAUAUACUUUGGAAUGGAUCCGCAUCUACACGUCUCCAGCCCACACCCACGGGUCAGUGGUACUCAUCUUCAGUUUGAUCACAGUGUAGAUGUGAGAGUGGCGACAGGGAAUGGACACGGUGCUUUCUUCAGAUACACGCGAAUGAACUCCCAGCAUGACGUCACCUGUAAAUGGAUAGACGACGAUCAGACAAAUCUUCCCAAAAAAACGUGCGGCAAGUUGUUCUGCUCUACGUUUGAUCUGGUUACGCACCUCUCCGCCGAUCACGUGGGCCGUCCCGACCGGGGUCUGCAUAGGCCCACUUGCUUUUGGGAGGAUUGUCCAAGAGAAGGCCAAUCUUUUACAGCAAAGUAUAAAUUAGUCAACCACAUCCGCGUACACACUGGAGAAAAACCAUUCACCUGUCCCUUUCAUGGCUGUGGUAAAAUAUUUGCCAGGUCCGAAAAUUUGAAAAUACAUAAAAGGAUUCAUACAGGCGAAAAACCCUUCAAAUGUGAAUUCGCAGGCUGCGAGAGGAGGUUUGCGAAUAGCAGCGACAGGAAAAAACACACGCACGUUCAUACCUCAGAUAAGCCCUACAUCUGCAAGGUUUGUGAGAAGGCCUACUCGCACCCCAGCUCUCUGAGGAAACACUCGAAGGUUCACAGAUCUCAAAGCUUAGAAAUCUCCCCGACGGUAACUUAUGGAUUCGAGUCGUCCACGCCUCCAGCUCCCUGUAGACCUACGUCCACAACAUACGAAGAGUCUAAAAAAACAUCCAUGCUGCAGGUCAAGCAUCAUAAGCCAAUAUUUAAAGAGGACCUUUCUUCCAAUUUGUUUGAAUGGUAGGCCUACAUUUGAAAAGGUUCUAUUUAAGUGGAAUCUAAAACGUUUAUAGGAUAGGAACACAUUCCUAUAAGUAAACGUUUAUAGGAUAGGAACACAUACAUAUAAACAAACGUUUGCUAAAUUCAGCAAACACAGUAAACAUCCUGUAGACUCUCCAGUGCUGUCUUAGGAUAAUAUUUUUUUAUAUCCUCCGAAAUGUUUGGAAAAGUCUGAUUCUUAUAUCUCAUACAUGAUAGGCUACACAUACAAUUAAAUGAAUAUGUUCUGUUAGAUAAAAUACAUAGUAUACCACUUUGGUCAGCAAAAGCAAAAUAUACCACAAACUAUAAAGUGUAUAAAAAAAGGAAGAAGGCAGAUGAACGAAAAAAUUGCUUAAUGAUUCAGUGCAUGAAGAAAUAGUAGACCUAUUUGCAUGUAUUGGUAAAACAUUUUAGCUUUGUUGUCAGAAUCCAUUUUAAGAUAUAAAAGCAUAGGCUAAGUUGACUAAAUUCUGCCAUUUUAAAAGAAGAUUAUUCAAAUGUAUUAUUUUUGUCGAACAUUUGCAU